AAACGCAGUAAUAAUGGAGUGAAUAAAACAAGCAACCAGAACCUGAAUGAAGCAAUGCUUCAAGCACUGUGAGAGAGUCACACUGUCUGUUCUCUAUUUCGAUGCUCUCUCUAGCGAAACGCCUUCUUCAGCUCCACGCCCCCACAGCACACUGUCGUGGGCCCUACGAGGCACAACGCCGCUGGGCUCGAACGCGGCCCAAGUCGGCGCCGUUGGCCCUGAAGAAGACGGAGGAGAGAUCGGAGUGGUGGGUUGUGGAUGGCGAAAUGCACGAGAUCGGCGAUCACGUGCCGCCACGUGAGCGCUUCGUAAUUCCCAGGGAGAACAUCCCCAACAAACGCCGCAAGCAACUCAGAGACCAGUUCAUGCGCCGAACUCGCCUUGUUCUUAAGGAAUCCGAGCAUGAACCUUGGUGCAAAAAGUAUAUGGAACUUUAUAAUGAACUUAGGGAAAACUGGGAGAGACUCUACUGGGAUGAGGGAUACUCUAGAAAGCUUGCUCAGGAUCAUGCAAACUAUGAGUCUGCUGAAGAUGACGAUGGAGAUUUCUCCCCAUAUAGGGGUAGAAGGACCCAGAUGGAGCAUAGUAAGGACCAUAAUUUUGGGAGAAACAGGCAAUCUGAUAACUGGGAGAAAGUUGGCCUUCUUCGGGAUAAAUUUGAGUAUGACAGAGAGAGAAGAAUGAGAGAGAAAGCAUUUGCACCCAUGAAUGGAGGAUCUGUGGCUGACUCUCAUGAUUCAGACCGUUGGAACCAACCACUAAAUACUGAUCGAUAUAGGGAUUGAGAGGAGAAUAAAUUAAAUAUGCCUCACUGUGGAAAGAAAUCGAAUAGUUCUCCUUCCCCCUUGCACAAUGCUGAAAGCUAUAUACGGCUAGAUUCAGUUAUUUUCUGACAUGUUAAAAAUGUGUUUACGGCUAAAGAUAUGGAUGCUUUUAGUUUAAAGCUCCUUUGGUAAGGUAGGAGAAUCUGUUAUGAGCAGAAAUAUGAUAAUGUAUUAAUGCACUGACCUUUGCCCUGCCUUCUCUGUUCCCAAAAUUUUGAUUGUGACCUGUGAGAAGGGUAAAGUAAAUUGAAAGUAACAUGAAAUUGAUGAGAUAUUGUAUCUAAUAAACUCAUUUAUUCUGU